AUGACCAACGCAAACGAAAAUGAAACAGCCAGCCGACGAAGCAGUUUCUUCAGCAUGAAGAGCUUUGUCAGGUCCAGUGGUGAUCGCGGUGCUGGCGUGGCAAAACUGCGAGGAACCAAUGGUGCUGACUUUGAAGGGACAGCAACAAUUAUCCGAGGAGGAGCUAGCGGUGGAUGCAGUUGUCUCUUUGGUGGUGGCAGAAACAAUGACAAGACGGAAAAGUUAGUCCUGUUGAAAGGACCCUUCUGUUUUGUCUUUAAGAAUGCCGGCGCCAGUGCCCCACUGUAUGCCAUUAGUCUGGUCGACAUGAAAACUGAUCGAAAGGGACAAGUGGCUCUUUUGCAAACAAACUUGGGAGACACAGACUAUGAACUGACAUUUUCCGAUGAAGCAGAUGCCAAGAAAUUCUGCAGAACGGCCGAUAAACUUGCCAAGACAGGUCAAGCCGAUGAAAUUCGAAAGAAACUGGGCCAUGAACACUUGUUGGACCGCACGAAAUCUGUCAAGUUUGCGGAAGCCAUUGCUGCCAAGAAAUAUGACGACCAACCAUCUGCACCACUGAACAACGAAGAUUUAUUGGCCAACACACCCGUCACUGCGUUCUAG